AUGAUACCUCUUUCCUACAGGUAUGCAUUCCACAGUUCUGCUUGGCUGGUAGCUGGCAAGGCGGAUCCUGCUACACCCGGCCGGGUUCACUUCCAUCCUGACUCCCCUGCCAAGGGAGGCCAGUGGAUGAGGCAAAUUGUCUCUUUUGACAAGCUCAAGCUCACCAACAACUUGAUGGAUGACAACGGCCAUAUCAUUCUGAACUCCAUGCACAGAUACCAGCCCCGUUUCCAUGUGGUGGUGGUGGACCCACGUCCAGACAGUGAACGUUAUGCCCAGGAGAAUUUCAAAUCUUUCAUUUUUACAGAGACUCAAUUUAUGGCAGUGACCGCCUAUCAGAACCAUCGGAUCACCCAGCUGAAAAUUGCUAGUAACCCUUUUGCUAAAGGUUUCCGGGAGUGUGAGCCGGAUGACUGGCCAGGAUCCUCAGGGCAACUACUGGGUUGUUUAUCACAGAAUGGGAAUACCUCUUCCUUAGGCCAACUUCAAGAGAUUCCAGAGAAAGGGUUUUCCAGCAACCACCAUCUCCCUCCUGCCCUCCUCAGAGAAGCCUCCCAAUUCCAGCAUCAACCUCUGGUGACAUCAGCUGGCCUCCCAGAUGUAUGCAUCGCACGACGACCCUUGAAUGAAGUUUCAGGGGCCCUGCCCUACAAGCAUCUCUCUUAUCACAGCUUCUAUGUGGGAGCUCGAUCUGGGGCAGCACCUUAUGCCCUACCUAGCAACCGGGCAACCAGCUUCCAUACUCUCAACAUUUACACAGCUGGUGGCUAUGAGCAAUGA